AUGAUAUCAGUAAUGCUCAAAGGCUGGGAGCUCCUGCGGAAGUACAUUCUCACGAUCCCUCGUUUCGACCUGUUCCUGCAGGGCGCUCUGCUCAUCGUCAUCUUUUUAGAGAGCAACGUGUUCUUAUUACUGCGCAGGAAUGACAGGACCGGCUUCAUCCACACCAUCAAUCAAGACUGGGUCAAAAUUGGAGUCGGAGUCUUUGAAUUUCUCCUCGGCUCCCUGGUCGCAUGGCAAGGAAAGUCGUGGCGCAACUUCACGCUGUCCUUUUGGCUCGGCAUAACGGCUAUAUCGGGUCUCGUCGUCCUCGCAUUUCCCUUUCCCGACACCGGCGCUCCCGAGGUCGAAUUAUGCAACGGUGGUGCGAUAUCGGAAUAUACAGAGGUGGAGGACCCUCACCGCGUCGUGCGUGGUAUAAUUCUGGUAAUCACGGCAGUUCUCUGUGGAUUUACGAAGAUCAGCGUUUGGGCACACGGUGUGACUUAUUUGGACGACCACGAACCGCAGAACGGAACAUAUUUCUACGGAAUUCUCAUAUCCAUCCGUCUAUCCUUGGGUCUCAGCGGUACCAAUUGGCUUCGACCUGGCUCCGUAAGAGAAGACUGGUGGGAGGCCCACGUUUCUCUCUCCAUGCUCACUCUCAUGUUCAGUAUACUCUACACUCUAUUUCCGAGGCAGAUGCCUACUUAUAAAGACGUCGACCCAGUGGAGAGGACUUGUAUGUUCGAGCCCCUUGGCCGUGUUGUUCGCAACAAAUCCUUGAUUCUGCAGUCGCUGGGCAUCUCCUGCCUGACUGCCGCCGUUUUUGGAUUUAACAAUUACGAAACUUCGUUGCUACAAACAAAAUUCCACGUGGAAACAAUUCGACAGGACCCGCGUACGUCACGAGUUAUUAUAGACAUUUUUCGAUCGUUAGUCAUUAUCUUCUUCGUGUCGAUAUUCAGAAUGCGCUUCUCAGGCCGGCGUGACGAUGGGGUGAAAGCGAACACGGCGUCCAAAGUGGGCGCGGGCGUCGCCAUCUUCGCCGCCGUACUCUUUUGCGUGUUGGCCGGACUGAGCUGCAACACGGGGGGCAUGGAGGGCCUAAACGGAGAGUACCAGCAGCCAGAAUGCAGUCGUCAGUGCGGGUGUAACUCGCAGACCUAUGGCUUCAGUCCGGUGUGUGCUUUAGAAACGCAGACCACCUAUUUCUCUCCUUGCCACGCCGGGUGUAACGAAUAUGAGGAUCUGAACGGAUUCCUGGUUUUGCAGAACUGCACCUGCGGCCCUCAGCCUCAACGAGCCGUGCGCGGCGGCUGCUCAUUGCUGCCGUCCUGCGCGCUCAUCUAUAACAUCUAUCUGGUCUUCUUUACCGUCAUGUUGGCCGCUGGAGCAUCAUCGCUCCUGAUGCAAGGCAUGUCUAUUCUACGGUGCACGCGUCGCUCUGACAAACCGCUAGCCAUAGGUGUGUCGUUCUCGAUAGUGGGUUUGGUGGCCCACGCUCUCGGACAUCUGCUCUAUAUGUUAAUCAAUGAUUUAACGUGUGCUUACAAAGAAAACGGUGUGUGUAUCUUCCACGCUGACAUCGUGUGGGUAAUGCCAGUAUGCAGCGUGGUGCUGUGCCUGUUCUCAGCAAUAUUCAGUAUCGCCGCCAGUCGCGCCAGCGUUUCAAAAGUGUUAGCGUUGAACGGAGUCAGCUGA